ACUACUGCGAACACAUUGCGAGUGCUUUUCGUAUUUCAUUGACUUUUGUAUGUACUAGAAGUGAAUGUUAUUAUUUAUAUGUAAUAACGUUGACGAUGUCUAUUUUUAAUACGCGACAAUUUUUGGGAGCAUUAUACUCACGCUACGCAGCUUUCUUUCCGGCAUUUAAUUUAUCUAGAACGCAAAAGAUUUUUAUCAUUUGUUUGACUGGAGGUUCAUUGUUGCUCGGUGGUUUGGCACAAUUUUUAAAAAGAAGGCGAAGACUUCCAUUGCCUCCUUCUAAAAAAUCUAUAAGGGAUUUGAAACAAAGAUUUGCCAAUGCUAAAUCUAAUUUUGAUGCGUUAUCUCAAGUAUCGUGGGCUAGAAGAAGUGAGGCAAGUAGUAGAAGUCACAUUAGUGAACGAGCAUCGUUAAUCUCACCUUUACCAGAAGGUGCUGAAGGUGAUGUAAAAUUAACUCCGCAGCAGUAUGGUGUUCUAGGUUUGGAAGCACUAGAGAAGGCACUCUAUUGUUGGGAGGAUGCACUCACCGCGUUCAGUUCUACUCUAAGUAACGAUGCCCUUGCCCUGCCAUCAAACGCGGACGCAGCAUUUACGCAGGACGUACAAGAUCUCCUCGACAUGGGUUAUCAAAUCCAGAAUCACGCGGAGCUUCUAUUCAUCGAUCAGCACUCGGUGCUGUUUCGUGACGAUAGCCAGGAAAGCUUAGAGAGUCGCCAUCAAUCCAACAUGGGAAUGCGAAUAUCCGGAAAGGAAAAAGCUGAUGCUGCCUCUUCGCCAGAAUCGUUUGAAUCAGCACGGGAUGGGGUAGCUGAUCUACGUGAAUUCGAAGAAUUUUCAGAACUUUUUCCACAUUUCGAAAGGCAAAAGUUAUAUCAUGCAGCAUUAAAGCAACACGAAGAUAAAGGCAUUCCUUGCAGACGAUUGCAUACAGAGCUGGUAAAAUGCGGCUCCGAUGUUGAGUACUUGGCUAAAGUAUACUGUCUUCGUCAAGCUUACACGAAACUGUUCGAUAUACAGUCGACCUCCAUUUGGAUAGCUGAUAUUGGCCGUCAAAUUAUCAGCGAUUUAAUUAUUUAUGCCGACAGGGACCCAAAGGAUUAUCUAACGCAUUACGAACGAAUGCUGGAGUUCUUAAAUAAUCCAAGUAACAGUAACAUGAUCGAAGAAGAGUUAUUUAACCGUGGUGUCAAAUGUAUUAAUUUUUAUGACGUACUAAUUGACUUUAUACUAUUAGAUGCCUUCGAGGAAGUCGAGAAACCGCCAUCGUCCAUCAAGGCCAUACUUCAAAAUAGAUGGAUAUCCGCGAGUUUCAGGGAAACGGCUGUAGGAACCGCGGUAUGGUCGAUGCUGAUGGGUAAAAGACAAAUGUUGAAAUAUGAUAAAGGUUUCUUGGCCCAUUUCUAUUCCAUUUCUGAACAAGUAACACCAGUACUUGUUUGGGGAUUCCUAGGUCCCGAAGGAAGCCUACGAUCUACCUGCCAAUUCUUUAGAGAUCAGAUUAUAGAAUUUCUCAUAGAUAUAUUUAAUUUCUUCAAAGUUAGAUAUACUACUGUCGAUAAUCUAGCUGAGGAUAUACUUAGGGAAAUGAAAGUAAGGGUAGAGAAUAUUAAUCAAAGACUUUCGUUGGAAGGUGCCAGUCAAAUUUAAAAAAAUAAAUAAAUUAUUCAUAGCAAUUUAGAUAUAUACAUACAAACACACAUACAUACAUAUAUAUAUAUAGCUUUUAUAUAUAUAUAUAUAUAUAUAUAUAUAUAUAUAGCUUAGAGAAUAUUAAAAUACUAUGAAAAUAUUAUGUAAUCUCUGAUAUUAAUAUUCGUCUCGUUUUCAACGAUGAGAGUAUUAUUAUAAAUAUCGUUAUUGGACUAUGAAAGUUACGUAAUUUUUUUCUUUUCUUUUUUUUCAAAAUAUUUCGUAUCAAUUGUAAUCUUUAAUUUUUUUUUUUUUUCAAUUUAAGUUAGUUUCGUUUGGUAAGAAAAAUGAUCGGACUUUGAUCCUUACGAUCUAAUAUUUUAAAUUCUAUAUAAAAUAUUGAAAUACUUAAUUUUUUCGAUUCGUAAAUAUUAUAUAUCUAAAAGAAAAAAUAUAAAUAUUAAUUUCGGUUUUUCCAUAGUAUAAUAACUUCUCAGAGACAAAAAUUUCUUCACAAAGGCAUUUAAAUAAUCUUCUUAUUUUUAUUAAUCGUCAGUACCAAAGACAGUUGUUAGCAUUAAACAAAAAAUAUUAAUGUAUACAUUGUUUCAGUUUUUUUAGUCCAAAUUGCAAAUACUUCUCGAAUAAAUAUAUUUAAAAUAAUAUAUAAUAAUUUAUUAUAUAUUUAGUUUAUAAUAAUAAUUUAGUGAACAAUAAUUAUUUAAAUAAGAUUAAAUAUAUAACAACGUUAAAGUAAAUUGUUUAAAUAGCUAUUAGAAAGUAGUUAAAAUAAUACAAUCUCAUGAAUGUGUUCUCUAUUCUUAUGUAUGAUUACCAAUAGAGCGUGAUUUAUUCUUUUCUAAGUAAUAUGUUAUUUCUAUUUUAUAACGAUUGCUUGUAUAAAUGAUGUAUAUAUAUUACAAGAAUUGUGCGCAAAUUUUAGAGUAUAUUUUGCAGGGAUAUAUGAUAGUCAUAUUUGUAAUAGCUUUAUUUUACAUAAUAUGUCUCACACAAAACAACAUAUUCCAUUAUGUUAUAAGCAGUCGUAUGCAAUAUUGUAUAGUACGAUAUAUGAACAAAUAUUUAGCAUUUAUAUCGAAUACCAACAUUCUAAUAGUUCCUUGACUAAUUAAAUAAGAUUAUAUAAAAAGAUUGUUUUUAUUGACAAUCAUAUAAGUAUUAUCAUUUUUAGAUUAUUUUAUUGAUUUGUAUGAGUGUAUAUACAUUAUUUAAUACACGUUCUAUUAUUACUUUUAAUAGCUAUUUCACUUUUUUGCUCAGUACGAAAACAAAAUCUUUGGGCUAAAUUAUGUCUGAUAAUUGUAACAUUUUUAUGUUAAUUAAUUAUAUUACUCAUACAAACAACAAGCAUUAUUGAUAAAAGACAUAUGUUGAGAAAUGAUAUCCAGGUUCUACAUAUUCACAAUUUUUAUUAAAUUAUUUGAAGAAAGUAAAGUUGUGUUA